GCGGCCUUGUGGGCAGUGCUCUUAUAUAUACAGGCGCUUGCAGACGUCCACAGAUAGAAGCCCUAGAACCUCUGCAGCAGACUGACUUUGAAUCUUUGUGAUCUACUUGCUUUUACACUUUAAUACUUCUCCUAAAUCUUCAAGAAACUCCUAUAAGUGGAAAAUGCUGCCUGCAACUUUUAAACUGUGUGCUGGCAUCUCCUAUCGGCAUAUGAGGAACAUGACAGGCUUGAGAAGAAACGCCAUGGUGGCCAUUCAUCAUGAGCUGAAAAAACUGGCAGGUCCAGGCCCCAGUAACUGGAUCAGCCAAGUCCGCCGAAGAAGCUCCCUUCUCAGUUCUCGGAUCGAAGAGGAGGGGUACAGUGAGGAGGACAGGUCUUACGUGAAGCAAGGUGAAGAUGCGCUGCAGAAGGCCAUCAGUAUCCUCGGCGAGCAGGACGGUUGGACCAUUGAAACUGAAGCUGCAAAUGGAGACAAAGUCCUAAGCAAGGUGUUGCCUGACAUUGGGAAGGUGUUCAAGCUGGAAGUGAUGUUGGAGCAACCUUCUGACAACCUUUACAAUGAGCUGGUGGGAAAUAUGGAGCACAUGGGGGAGUGGAACCCGAAUGUCAAGCAAGUCAAAAUUCUUCAAAAGAUCGGCCAGGACACAAUGAUUACCCAUGAGGUGUCUGCAGAGACACCUGGCAACGUGGUGGGACCCAGAGACUUCGUGAGCGUACGCUGUGCCAAACGUCGAGGCUCCACCUGCUUCCUGGCUGGGAUGUCCACUCAGUACCCCAAAAUGCCUGAGCAGAGAGGCGUAGUCAGAGCGGAGAACGGGCCUACCUGUAUAGUUAUGAAGCCCUGUGCUGAAGACCCGAAUAAGACCAAGUUUACCUGGUUACUAAGUAUAGAUCUAAAGGGCUGGAUCCCAAAGACAAUCAUAAACAAAGUGCUCUCUCAGACGCAGGUGGACUUUGCCAACCACCUCAGGCAAAGGAUGGCUAAUAAUGUUUCCAUGGAGAUGGCUCAUGCCUGCUGACACAAGACGCCUCUUGAGCUUUGGCACAGUGCGCCAAUGAAAAAUCAUGUAAAUCUGCUUAUAAAUAAUGAAAAGCUAAGAAAAUCCAGACAGUGUUGAAAAAAAUCAGAUGAAGAUUGUGCUUUUUUGAGAUCUGAAACCAAAUGUGUGUUUUUCUCACCUCCAGCAGUAGAAAAUCUACAAUGAGAUGUAACAUUAUUGACAGGAAACUGACACACCAUGUGCUUUGGUUGUUUCUGACCAGGGACGGGCCAAGAAAUUUUGUAGCCCUAGGCUUUUAGCAUCUAAGGCUCCUAUUUGGUCCUUUUAAAACAAAUAAAGAUAACUUUAUGAUGCUUCUUAGAUGACAAAAAUGACAACUUAAGGCUGUUUAAAUCUCUCAGUCACAAAAAGUUUUCAAAGGAAAACAACAAAAAAAAGUCAUCGUACAUGUUUGCCCAGCACCAUGCUGCACAAAAGUCUGGUCCUCAGAUGUAGAUUAAUAUAAACAAGAAGCUAAAACUAGCAACUGAACUCAAAAGACUCCUAAACAUAACAGAUAUGGAACUGUGUCUGUUUUUGAAAAUGUCAGCACUGUCGAGCAUCUUAAAUGCAGUCAGAAUCAGAUUUAAGACAAUUUUUGGUCGAGGCAAUUUUAAGGAAGGAGCAUCCGCAUUUGAUCUGUUUUCAUCAUUUUUACUCUUGAAAUCAGUCUUGUCUCCUGACGUUUUCUCUCAUUCGGCUAUCUUUAGCAACUGGUUGGUACAUUUUGGCACCCUGCUUUCAUGUUUGUAAGAUGCUGGGUAUAUUUUGGCAUCACACAGCCAAAAUUGCAGGAAAAGCUGAGGCGGGCCGACAACAUUUUUGAACAAAUUCAGGCUGUUGAAAGUAUUUAUUUAUCUGUUUAAUUCUGAUUAUAGUAAUAACCCCAUAGCUAUUGCCUUUAAACAUAGAAAUAACAUUAUACUUCUCACUGAGGGCCCAAGCUGGUGAUCCUGUGCUGCAGUCUCUAUAUUCCUACAAAGUUAAGACGCCUUGUUUGGGACACAUUAAUCCACAUCAGUCGGCUCCACUUUGGCAGAAACACCGAGUGCAGCAACAAAUUGUACAUUGUUUCAUUUUGAUAACACUCCAGUUAUUGUCCCUGUCCCUGUUGUGAAAUUGCACUUUUAUUUCACUGUUUUAUUUAUUGAUAUUGCGCAGAUGCAUUGCAUUACAGUGACUGCCAAGUGAAUAAAUCACUGCGGUGAGAUUGAUAUUUAUGUUUUUAUGCUUUUAUUAUGCUGUCGGAAAAGCAGAGAAGCAGUUUGGAGAAUGAUUAGUCUGUUCUUUGUUGGUGCAUGAGAGCUUAAAUAAAAUCCUCAUAAACA